GGAACCCCAGAUCUGUUUCCCCUUGCUGUUUUCAAAAGUCCGUUCGAAUUUAUUUAUUUUUGAAUUUUCCUAAUUCGCCUACCUGGUUUCUGAAUUUUCUGAAGGUGUCUUACAAAUUAUUGUUUUUCGGAAAAUGUUGAGAUCCAUCUGUGAAUGGAUCUUUUUGAAAGUUGGAAUUUGUCAUGCAAUUAUUUGAUUAUUAUUAGGAAACACGUAGGUGUGCUGGACUCAUGAUGAUCCCUAGUGGAAAGAUUUCUUUCUUUCGAGAUGGACUUGUAAAUCACAGCGCAUUCUAAAUUUCCAAGUGUAGCACAUGCUCAGCUCACCUUCUCUUAUUCUCUGAUCCAGAGCAACAUAACAACCACAAUUGUUCCGACCACAAUCGCUGACGGAAGGGAAGAGGCCACGAGAAGAUGGCGGAGACGGUGGUGAGCAUGGCGAGAUCCAUGCUGGGGGGUGCCAUCAGCAUGGCCACCUCCGCCGCCGCCGCGGAGCUUAGCUUGGUGAUGGGCGUGCAAAAGGAUAUUUGGUUCAUCAAAGACGAGCUAAAGACCAUGCAAGCAUUCUUGGCCGCCGCUGAAGCAACAAAAAACAGAGACAUGCUACUGAAGGUGUGGGCAGAGCAAGUAAGGGACCUGUCCUACAAUAUAGAAGAUUGCCUUGAUGAACUUAUGGUUCAUGUGAGGAGCCAAAGCCUAACAAAACGGCUGAUGAAGCUCAAAGAUCGUCGUCGGAUUGCCAUCCAAAUUCGCAACCUGAAAACAAGAGUUGAAGAAGUGAGCAGCAGGAAUGCACGCUACAACUUCAUCAAGACAGAGGCCUCAACGACCAGCGACAAGGAGGUUUCUUACAUAGAAGAUGUACGUAAUCAUUCAGCAAGCAACACCGAUGAAGCAGAACUUGUGGGCUUUACCAAGCCUAGGGAGGAUUUGAUUAAGCUGAUGGAUGUCAACACUAGAGAUGGUGAUGCCAAAGUUAUAUGUGUCGUUGGCAUGGGUGGUUUAGGCAAGACUACUCUUGCAAGAAAAACUUAUGAAAGUAAGGAAGAUAUUGUGAAGAAUUUUUCUUGCUGUGCAUGGAUCACAGUUUCACAGUCAUUUUUCAAGAUAGAAAUGCUCAAGGAUAUGAUCAGGCAACUUCUGGGUGGAGAUUCACUGAAGAACUUGUUGAAAGAACUUGAAGGGAAGGUGGUGCAAGUAAAGGACCUCGCUGAGUACCUCAAUCAAGAGAUUAAGGAUAAGAGGUACCUUAUUAUUCUUGAUGACUUGUGGACCAUAGAUGCAUGGAGGUGGAUUAAAGAUAUUGUUUUUCCUAGUAGUAACAAGAAAGGUAGUCGGAUAAUAGUAACAACACGUGAUGUUGGCUUAGCAAAGGAAUGUACUCUUGAAUCCCUUAUCUACCACCUUAAAACCUUAGAGGUAGUUGAGGCCACAAAUUUGCUACUAAAAAAGAGUAGGAAAGUAUCUGAAGAAAUGGACAAAGUUGAAAACUUCAAGAGCAUAGUUGAAAAACUAGUUAAAAAGUGUGGUUGUUUACCACUGGCCAUACUCACAAUUGGAGGGAUCCUUGCCACUAAAAAGAUAGUAGAGUGGGAGCAAUUCUAUAGCCAACUCCCGUCUGAGCUUGAGAGUAACCCAAGCCUUGAAGCAAUGAAGAUGAUGGUUACUUUGAGUUACAACCACUUGCCAUCUCAUCUUAAGCCAUGUUUCUUAUACCUAAGCAUCUUUCCCGAGGAUUCAGAAAUCCAGAUGAGGCGUCUAGUAGAAAGAUGGAUUGCUGAGGGGUUGAUUAGGGGUGGGACUGGGUUGAAUAUUGAUGAUGUGGCAAAAGGUUACUUUAAUGAGUUAAUCAACCGAAGCAUGCUUCAAGCAUCAAGGGUGAACAUAGAAGGAGUUGUGAAGAGCUGUCGAGUCCAUGAUAUUGUGCGUGAUGUCAUGAUCUCAGUUUCUAGAGAUGAAAAUUUUGUGCAUGUGGUGGGAAAUAAUGUAACUGGUGCUAUGGAGGAGACGUUCCAACAUGUAGCAUACCAUGGUAGCAUGUGCCAGAAGACAGAUAUGGAUUGGAGCCACGUCCGGUCAGUAACUGUGUUUGGUGAGAGAUCAUUGGGGCCAUCACCUUCAGUUUGUUCACCUGACAUGAGAAUGCUCCGGGCCUUGGAUUUAGAGAAUGCACAGUUUCAAGUAACACAAAAGGAUAUAAGCAACAUAGGAUUGUUUCGCCACUUGAAAUAUCUGAAUUAUUCUUAUCCUCCAGGAUAUUCACAUAUUUAUAGACUUCCUAGAUCCAUAGGGAGAUUACAAGGCUUACGCACUUUGAACAUUAGAGACAGUUGUAUUACAGAACUGCCAAUUGAGAUUUGUAAACUCAAGAAUCUACACAGUCUCCGUUGUACCAGAAAUUAUUCCUAUGAAUACUUUGACCUGAAUGACCCCACGGUAUGCUUGUUGAGCACAUUUUGUUGGCCUAUACUGUUCACACCUUUGGCAGAUCCUAGUGUGCGCGCCAGGUUAGUUGCUGAGCUACACAUGGCCUGGUCUAGCUGUUGGUCCAAGUCAGAAGGUGUGAGGGUGCCAAAAGGAAUCGGCAAACUGACAGAGCUGCAAAUACUAGAGGUUGUGGACAUCAGCCGAACUAGUGGCAAGGCAAUUAAAGAGAUAGGUGAGCUUGUGCAGCUGAGAAAACUUAGGGUGGUAACAGAAGGGGUCACCAAGCAAAAAUGCAAGGUACUCUGUGAUACCAUUCAGAAUCUCACUUGCCUCCGCUCCCUGAAAGUGGAUGGUUCACUCGAGUGGCUGCAUCUUGUUUCCUCUCCUCCUCCCCUGUUGAGGAGUCUGAAGUUGGAUGGAUGCCUUGGAGAGAUUUCUGGCUGGGUUGGCAGUCUGAUGCAUUUGGUCAAGCUUUACUUAUGGGGCAGCGAGAUAAAGGAAGAAGGUAAAAUCAUGGAAAUACUAGGGCCACUUCCCAACCUCAUGCACCUUCGUCUUGGAUUCAGAUGUUAUAUUGGGGAGAAAUUAGCGUUCAAAACGGGAGCAUUCCUGAAUCUCAAGAAACUUGAUAUUUCGAAUCUGGCAGAACUGAGAGAGGUCAAAUUUGAGGAUGGCACCUCACCCCAGCUGGCAAUGAUACAUAUCAGUUGGUGCAACUUGGCAUCAGGAAUUAUUGGAGUCAACCAGCUUCUAAAGCUCAAGGAGAUCUCACUUGGUUCCCAUUGUCGAGUGGCGAAGCUUGCUAUGCUGCAAAGUGAAGUGGACGCACACCCCAACAGUCCCGUGCUGCGACUGUCUGAGGAACGGAGCCACCACGACCUGGGAGGCACCGUCGCCCAAGUGGGAGAAUCAACAGGGGAAUCCUCAUCUCUCCAUCCCGAGCCUGCAGCUGCAGGAGAGAGCUCACGGUCCCAGGCGGUGGGCAUGGCGACGGCAAACAUCAGCCAAGAUGAUGUGCUUUACACUUACAACUCAUGCUGACUGAAUCGGAUCAAGGCUACUUGCAGUUCCACCAUGUAACACUAUGCAGGUUCAGGUUGUCGAAAUAAACUAGUGCUCCGUGUAGUGCAUUCAGAUUUCAGUUGUGGGCACCCAGGAGCACCACCAUUGUCGACAGUUACAAGACGGGACCCAACUUCAAGAGAGGCCAGAUGCUUUCUCCAUACGGCCGAACAUCACGGUUGCAUUUCCUUCUAAAAAUCAGUAUGAGUAGUGGAGCAGGCAACGGAGGGAUCGUCCAUGGCCUACAGCAGCGGGAGAGAGCUCAUCGCAGGUGGUUAUCCUCCAGUUGCGAACGAAGAGCAUUACGAGAUAUUUUCAACCAGCGACAAGCGGGGGCAUUAAUUGCAUGAUCACUAUUCUGAAAAAAAAAAGUUUAUUCUGAGAAUGUUGGUGUCCAGGAGCAACUAUGAGAUUGUAGCGGCGCAUCCGUGAAUAAUGAAGCUUCAGGAUCUGCAGUGAAGUUGGAAACUGAGGGCUCCCUUUGGAGUUCGCAAUGGCUCGACCAUCCAUGCGGAUCUGAUGUGUGUCACCUGUGAAGGGAUCAUACUGAUAAAUGCAGGAUAGAAGAAGACGAAGAUCCAAUAGAAUACUGAUGAUGCACCACUAACACAUGGGCUAUGUUCAUCCUACUGUGUCCAUAAUUAUAAAGAUUCAGCUGGGCAGAAGAAGAGGCCAAAUUGUUUCUCUGUGUUCUCCAAUUCUCCGUGUGCGUACUUUGUGAUCUCUGACGUUUUAAACUCCGGCGACCUUGGAGCAAGCUACAACAUUAUUUCCAGAGCUCCGACACGACCGGUCGAGGGUUUAAAAUGGACACCUGCUGGGUGGCCCAGGUCCCUUUCGUAGAAGGUGAUCGGUUCUUCGCCAUGGAAUUGAUCAAGUUGGACUCCCAACAGAUUCCAGUCCACGGAACAUCAGGUGGCUGCAUCUUGCAGCAUUCACCGGAUCAUCGCAUGAUCUUAUCCUACUAUGUAUGUACACUUGUUCAAUUUGUUAUUGCCACUAUGGUCUGUAGUUCCUUGCAAAAGAAGAAUUAGAAGACAUGCCAAUGGAACUCAUGCAGUAGCCAGAUAUGAUAUGACUGCUCUGUUUUCCACAUGUAACAUCAUCUGAACAUACCACCAGCUCUCUAGUUUUCGUUGGUUUCACUUUGUAUUUUGCAAUAAAAUUGCAGUUUCAACAUUUUUUCUUGUAAACGUUUAGAUAGAAUGGGGCCGGAUUCAGUAGCAAAUUGGUUCAGAUUCAGUAUGGGAUGAUGCCAGGUCUGUCUGUACCCUUGGCAUCCUUAUGAU